AUGGAAAAGAUUUUGCGUUUAUUGGCACGCAAAUUCAAUUAUGUGGUUGUUGCCAUCGAAGAAUCGAAGGAUCUAUCACAGAUAUCCUUUGAUGAGCUUGUGGGUUCUCUUCAAGCCCAUGAGCAAAAGAUGAAGCAAAGUGAUGAUUCUAAAAGUGUGGAUCAAGCUUUGCAAAGCAAGUUAUCUGUAACUGAAGGCGGAACUAGCAACAACUCAGGACAAAGUUCACACAACCAUGAAGGAUACCGUGGAGGAUAUAGAGGUAGCAAUAGAGGUGGACGUGGACAACAUGGACGACGAAAUCAAUCAUAUGGCAGAGGAAAAUCAAGUGAAGACUAUCAUGCCACAAGUUGUGGACAAGGAGCUCGAGAUAGAAGCCGAGCUCCUAAACAAGAAGAAAGAAGCCAUGUAGUAGCUAUUGAAGAUCACAAUAGAGAAUCUUGCAUAUUUCUCACCUACAAGGCAAAUAAAAAAUUCAAGAAGAAUAUUUGGUAUUUGGAUAGUUGCGCCAGCAAUCAUAUGUCUGGCCAAAAGGAGUUAUUUUCUGCACUGAAUGAAUUUGUUAAUGGUAAAGUAAACUUUGGCGAUGAAUCACAAAAUUCUGCCAAAGAAAAAGGCAAAAUCAGAAUUACUCAAAAAAAUGGGGAAAAGAAAUUAUGUACCAGCUUUGAAAAGCAACAUCAUUAG